CGCAGAGUGAACUUUACGCGCGACAUGAGUCUGCGGUAGCGUUGGAUAGCGCAGCUUUUAUAAAGAGUGGUGUUGAAUGUAGCAUUAGAUAUAUAUCAUCAAGCGAAGCGAGUACUCGAUCGAAAUUCGAAAAACAGGUAGCAAGCCACUCGAUACACUUGUCAAUAAGACGUGCUAAGACUGUAGAUGAAAGACGUAGAAGAAGACGAUCGAGGACUGGACAGUUUCUGAUGUCGUGGAGCGAGUCUCAGCUCAUAGCAGCCAAAUGGAGCUCUUCCGCAGUGAUACUCAUUUCAUCUUCGUCAAAGAAAACAGCAGUCUCUGGUGGGAUAAGCAGACGGGCGAAUUCUCCGCCAAGACAGAUUGGGAAUGGGCGAGCGCCAAUGACUUAGACUGCCUAGGCCUAUUCUACGGGAUCGUUGGCAAAAUCGAGCAAGCUAAUGUUCUGGAAACUCGAUUGAUGCUCAUCAAGGAAAUCGCGUCGGUCGGCGAAUUGCAAGGAAACCACACUGUGUACAAAAUCAAGUCGGUGGCCUUUUUACACCUCGGCUCAGAAAAUUUCGACAUAGGAUUGCUGCCCUGUCCCAAGCAUCAGCAUGGACUCAACAAAAAGCCGACCGGUGGUGGAUUGUUCGACGUUCAAAAGGCUGGUUUGGCCAAGACUUGGGGUACUAUCAAGAGCGCUACGAAUACUAUUAAGAAUACAACUCAGCAAGCGGCUGCACUUGCUACAUCUCAAGUCAAGUCGACGGUUACAAAGAGGACGGGGGUCAAGGACAAGGAGAAGUUCGAGAGGAGAUUGCUCGAGGAGCUGCACAAAAUUUUCACUGAGACCGACUCGUUUUUCUUCUGUCGAACUCGGGAUAUCACGAAUAGCUUGCAGAGGCUUUGCGAAAUGGAAUCCAGGAGAAAUCAGCAAAGUCCCAAUCAGCAGUUGUGGAAAACGGUCGAUGAUAGAUUCUUUUGGAACAAGUUCAUGUUGCAAGAUAUCAUUAAUUUGGACUCGGAAAAAGCAGAUGCUUGGAUAUUACCUAUUAUACAAGGAUACGUACAGAUCGAGAAAUGUUUAGUAGAGGUAGGGUACGAUGGACAGCCUUUGAACGAAAUUUUCAAUCUAGCAAUUAUAUCUAGAAGAAGUAGAUUUCGUGCUGGAACUAGGUAUAAAAGGCGAGGUGUUGAUGAAAAUGGAAAGUGUGCUAAUUACGUUGAGACGGAGCAAUUAGUAUGGUAUCACGAUCAUCAAGUAUCAUUCGUUCAGGUGCGAGGUAGUGUACCGGUCUAUUGGUCGCAGCCAGGUUAUAAAUAUAAGCCACCUCCGAGAAUAGAUCGAGACGAAGCCGAAACGCAGGUGGCAUUUGAAAAGCAUUUCACGGAAGAAUUACAUUGCUAUGGACCUGUAUGUAUUGUGAAUUUAGUUGAACAGGGCGGAAAAGAAAGUGUCAUUUGGGAGGCUUAUAGUAAUCACGUACUAAAUUAUAACAAUCCCGAUAUCACAUAUACCACUUUUGAUUUUCACGAAUAUUGUCGAGGAAUGCACUUUGAAAAUGUUUCUCUACUCGUUGCUGCUUUGGCACCGGUGUUAGCGGCAAUGGGCUACUGCUGGCACGACAAGCAAGGACCAAUUUGCAUGCAGAAAGGCGUCUUCCGUAUCAACUGUAUCGACUGUCUCGACCGAACGAAUGUCGUGCAAACCGCUUUGGCAAAAGCAGUUAUGGAAAUACAGUUCUCGAAACUUGGCCUCAUACCACCCGAUGGUGCUCUACCUGCGAACAUUCGUCAAAAUUUUCAACUUCUGUGGGCCAAUAAUGGCGACAUCAUUAGCAAGCAGUAUGCAGGAACCAAUGCCUUAAAGGGAGACUACACGCGAACGGGAGAAAGAAAAUUCACAGGACUAAUGAAGGAUGGAAUGAAUUCUGCUAACAGAUACAUUCAACAACACUUUAUGGACGAUAUACGUCAGGCGACGAUAGAUGUCUUACUAGGGUAUCCAAUAAACCUUGAGCACUUGAAAGACGAUUGGUCGCACUAUUUGAAUGUUUUCGAUAAUUGCUGUUUAGAGCUCAUUCCCAUAAAACCACCAAACAUACAGUUUCUACUUGCUACACAUCCCGAAUAUCUUUACGUCAAUAUCAUGUUUAAGUUGACAAGGUAUUACUUAAAUCGUUUUAAAGAUGUCUAUCGACAAGCUACUAUUGACAUGAUGUUGGGUAAUGUCGUAAGUGAAGAAGUAUUUCACGAAAAAACAGAUGAGGAAGAUAAUGCCGCUACGGCAGUUCAUGUAAAGUUAUUGAUUGAAGACUGUAAAAAACUGCUUGUGCAUAAUCCUGAAUCUAUACUCAAUAGCUGGGGAUUAAUAGACGCUGAUCCAGUAACGGGCGAUCCUACAGAAACCGAAAUGGAUACUAUUUUAAUUUUAACUCGAGAUAGUUACUAUGUCGCUGACUAUGACGAACAAACGGACAAAGUAACUAACUACCAAAGAAUAUUGCUUGAGGAUGUAAUCCUUAUUGAAUGUGGCCAACCUGAAAACACAGUUUCUUGGAUCAAGAAUAAAAAUUAUUAUUGCAUUAGGAUUCAUUAUAAGGUAAAUGAUGAUUGCGGUUACUUCCAUAUGUUUCGUAGUACGAAUCUACGCUUUUUCAAUAAUAUGGCGAUAAUCAUAAAAACCGACGAAGAAACAAUUGAAUCGUUGAAAGCUAUAGCUGAAGCAAUUACUGUAGCAAUGGAAAUUGCUUGUUUAGAGAAAGUACCAGUAGCUAUGAACGUUAUUCUCGAUAAGCGAAAGAGUAAAAUAGUGAAUGCUAAAAAUCAUGCUGGUCUAUUAGACAUCACAUCGUUUCCUGCACUUACAAGAAAUGUUUCUGAGACGCAAUUGAACGCUUUAAAAAAUGUUGGUACGAAAGCAUUAAGCAACGUUACGGAAGGAUUUAACAAACUGAAUAAACUUAGCCAUAGUAUAGGAAAAAGUAUUGGCAAAAAGUCAGACAUAGUUGACGGUAUCAAGCCAACGUUUACAGUUGGAAAAACUGAAUUGUCUGGUAAAAAGAGUGGUGGUAGUUUGGAUAAUAGUAGUACUAGCGGUAGCGACGAAAAUAUUCAUAUGAUUCCUAUUCAAACAGAGAGGCCAACAGAAUUGCUUGAUAAAAAAUCGAUAGAUUCGUAUAGUCCAUCAAUUGGUAUAAUUAUGGGCAUGAAAAAUAACGAUGUAGAUGAAGUAGGCAGAGAAGUAUCUACUGAUGGCAAUUUAUCGCGGUCAAGACUAAAUGGUUCGGAUUCGACGUCACAAAGAAACCUCGCAACUACACCUGAAAUUACUGUUCAGGGUGUAGGAGAAAAUUUUGGCAGCAUUAUACCUGAAAAAAUGAUUCCUCCAUCCACUCUAAAUUUGCCAAAAAAUAUUAGUCAUUCGUCAGGAGAGGUUGAUAGCCAAGGCGAAGUAAAUCCAUCCCAGGUUAAUACUCUUCAAACCGAAAAUAACAGACGUUCAACUUCAGAGCAAGAUCUUACACUUGUAAUUAGUUCAUCUCAAAGCGAAUCAGCUCUAAAGUCCGUUAAAUCCGGUGCUACUGAUGCAACAUCACCGGUUGCUACGACAGCAAAAGAAAUCCUCUCGCCCUUUUCAAAAUUCGCUAAAGGGAUGCAAAGCCUUGGGGCUAAUCUUGACCCUCGUAAAUUAAAAUCAGGUCAAAGCGGUAUGACGAGGAAUUUGUCUGACCAUCACUUGGAGGAAAGACAAAAACUCCAGGAAAGAUGGAUAAAUUGCAGAUCAAGAUUAAUAGCUUUAUAAAAAACACAUUAUCGUUAUUUUAAAGUUAUUAUUAUACUGAAAAUAACAUGGUAUUAUGCAUUGUUCAAUAUAUCUUACAAAUGCAACGAGCUUUUAAUAUGAAUAUUUAUUAGACUUAUUUAGCUGUAAGAUAAGUGUUAAAAAACAAGCUAUGAAGAUAAGAAAAUCACGGCUUCUAAGUAACUUUAAUAUUGUUAAAAUUUUUUUUAACAAUACUAUAUAAUCAUUUAUGAAAUAAAAACUGAAUUCGUUGUGAAAGUUAACUUUUAAAAAAUGCAAUUGUAUAUUCUUACACGUUAUUUUUUACUUAACAUUUUUUUAUGUAGUGACAAGUGCUAUAACUCUUAUGUGUUGCAAAAAUUGAACAAGAUUAGCCGAAGCUCGAUUUUCUAAAGUAUACAAUGUUUUUUUAUAUUUUCACAUUUUAUUUGUUUUCCAUGACUUCCAGUAUUAAGAAUUUUUAUUUGUAGGAAUAAUCAUGUAUUAUAAAUUAUAUUUUUGUUAUAAAAUUUUAUUAUAAUAUUUUUAUAGCGAUCGCCAUUGUCUCUUUGUUUUCUGAAGAUCAAUUUGAUUUUAUAACCGUGAUUUUUAAAUAUUAUAUUACAUGGCUGACUGCAGUAAAAAAGUCUAACAAUUUUUGAAAUUUUUAUCGCUCUACAAAUGUGAACCAUACAGUACAAUGAUGUCAAUCAAUAUUUUACCGAUAUUUAUGUUUGAGAAAUUUACCAAAAAAUUUGUUUGAGAACUGAAAAAACUAAAUAUUUAAGAAUUCCUAUUAGCAGGCAUCAUAUAACUUUAAUAUUCUUUAUGCAUGUAUAUUGUUCAUAGUAAAUGCAUUUAUUCUGAUAUUUAAAAAUAGAAUCACUGUAAAUUUGUAUUUGAAAAAUCUCUACUACAUUGAACAAAUAGCACAAUUACAUGAAAAAUUAUCUUAUUGUUAACUGCACUAUAGACGCUACAAUUAAAAUUAUGCCUUACUGUAAUUUUAACUAGUUUGGUCAUUUAAAGUAUAGUGAUUUAUGGACGAUCCAUCUUAUGUAAAUUGUAUGUUGCUAAGUAAAUCGUUUUGAAUCACAUUUUAGAAUAUUUUUUUCGAAAAAUAACAAAGAAGUAAUGGGCACGCAAUUAAAGUUUCAAAUGUUUUAAUGAAAGUAUCACUUUUUAAUAAUAUUUUCUUUUCUUUUUUUAUUAGUCUGACAUAUAAAAAUUCCUAAUUUAGCCAUAAUGUUACCGUAUCGAUUAAUGAUAGGAUUAUUACAAAUAUAGAAAAUGAAAUAUGAAGUUAUCCAUCAAGAUUUGAAUGAAGCUUGUAGUCAAUUAUGUAAAUAAUAUAAGGAAGAUCAAUUUAUAACGUAAACAAAAUAUUGCAAGAGCGAUGCUUUGAAUGUUUGAUUAAUUAUGUUUGUAGACAAGAAAGAUAAUUUUAUUUUAUUUUAUAGAUAUCAAGAAAUAUAUGUAAAACACUGAUAAGAUACAGAAUUUGUGAAAACAUUUCGUAUAUUUCCUGAGACUUGGGAGAAUCUUUUUACUAAUAUAAAAGACGAAAUAAUUUCAACGUAUCUAACAAUAUUCAUAAUAAGAAUAAUAGAUUAUCAUUGUUUCUUUAGUGAACAGCGGGUAAAUUUUAAUUAUAAAGAAAUGUAUAGCACUUAUUAAUAAUGUGCAGAUCGCUAUAAAUCUAGAAUAAUAUUUGCAGAAGUAUAUAUUAUUAUUGGUAAUGAGAUUCUCUGAAAUUAUAACCUGUGAUAGAGUGCUGAGAGUAACAAUUUUUAUAAUAUCAUUGGAACACGUAUAACGUAUUAGCUUGCAACGUGUAAAAUUCAUGCCUGUACAGCUUAUUAAAAAUAAAUAAAAAGUAAACAUAAAUGAAGAAGUUGCCUAUUUCAAGCUAACUACGAUAUUCAAAUAGCUAUAUGAAUUCGUAUUAUGCAAGUUCAUUUCAACUAGAAACCUCAUUAUAAUGAAAUAAAUGUGUAAAAGUAUUAUUCUAUCAGUUAUUUAAAAUUAAUAGAAAUCACACUAACAAAUUUGCUGCUAAUUGUCGCUUACAGUUACAGCCAAAGUGAUACAGUAGUUCGUCAAACUUCCCUGUAAAGAAGAUGCGAAAAAAAUUCAAAAUGAGUAUUGAAUACAUACAGUAUUUUAUAGCUUGUAUUACAAAUUUAAGAAUAGCUUGAUUAAGCCUUAUAAUCAACGUCGAGCACGUUACAUUACAAAUGUGUAUUAUAAAAUUAGAAAAAUUACUUGUAGCAAUACACAAAAUAUA